AUGGAUUCCGGUCCUAUCGAUACAUCAAAGGAUGGAAUCUCGACAGCAGAGGGAGGCAGGCCACUUCGAGAUACAAAAGCAAAGCAAGACCAGCAAGCGAAGCUCGAUAAAAAAAGGGAGCAAUUAGAAGAACUUAAAAAGGUCGAAGAGGGAGAUCUCUCACAUGCUCAAAAGAAGAAGAUUGCUAAGCUUGAAAAGGAGCUUGGUAUCGACGAGACUAGCAAGUCAGUGGAUCCCCAGAGUAAACCACAGUAUCCAGAAUCCACCCCGGGCGAUCGUGAGGGAGAGAAAAAUGAAGAGUGCCGUCAAACACCAGGGUUAUUCUGGCAGCCCGUCAACCCAGACCGCUCCAAACACAUCACCCGAAAUGGCUGA